AUGUCCGCUCUCAGAAUCCUCGUCCCCGUCAAGCGGGUUAUUGACUACGCUGUCAAGCCCCGAGUCAACAAGGCCCAGACGGGCGUCGAGACGGCCGGAGUCAAGCACUCGAUGAACCCCUUUGACGAGCUCUCGGUCGAGGAGUCGGUGCGCAUCCGCGAGAAGAAGCGCGCGCCCGGCGGCGUCGAGGACAUCACCGUCAUCUCCGCGGGACCCCCCAAGGCCGUCGACGUGCUGCGGACGGCCAUGGCCAUGGGCGCGGACCGCGCGAUCCACGUCGAGACCAAGGAGGGUGACGACCUCGAGCCGCUGUCGGUGGCGAAGCUGCUGCACAAGGCCGCCGAGGAGCACAAGUCGAACCUGGUCAUCCUCGGCAAGCAGAGCAUCGACGAUGACGCGAACCAGACGGGCCAGAUGCUGGCGGGUCUCUUGGGCUGGUCGCAGGCGACGCAGGCGAGCGAGGUCAAGUUUGGGGAGGGCGAUACGGUCAGCGUCACGCGCGAGGUUGACGGUGGCGUCGAGACCGUCAAGGCGAAGCUGCCGCUCGUCAUCACGACAGACCUGAGGUUGAAUGAGCCGCGGUACGCCAGCUUGCCGAAUAUCAUGAAGGCGAAGAAGAAGCCGCUCGAGAAGAAGAAGCUGGCAGACUACGGCAUUGGUGUUGAGAAGAGGUUGAAGGUUUUGAAGGUUACUGAGCCUGCCCAGAGGCAGGGCGGCGGCAAGGUCGAGGACGUCAACGGGCUUGUUGCGAAGCUCAAGGAGCUUGGUGCCUUGUAA